AUGCCGAGCAACAGCGCAGCCAGCAUGUUCGGGGGCGCCGGAGGAAGAGGAGCCCGGGCGUCAGUGUCCAGUCUGGAAGGUCUGCGCAACGUGCUGCGGAACGAGACGGAGCGCGACGCCGCUCCCGCCGCCGCUCCCGUCGCACCUGCCGCGGCGCCUCCUGCUGCCGCACCUGCGGACGGCAAGCAGACGCUGCGCGGCCUGAACGAGCGUCUGUCCGGCUACCUGGGCCGGGUGAAGCAGCUGGAGCAGGAGAACGCGCAGCUCCAGAGGGAGAUCGAUGAGAUCCUGGACAAGAGGAAGGUUCCUGAGGGUCGAGACUGGGACCAGCUGGCGAAGCCUCUCAGUGACCUGAAGGACAAGAUAAAAGACCUCACCAUGGACAACGCCAAACUCCUGCUGCAGAUAGACAACGCCAAGCUGGCCAACAACGACCUGGCCAACAAGCUGAAAGAUGAAGUCAAAGGUCGGAAGGCAGUGGAAAGCGAUGUGGUGGAGCUGAAGAAGAACAUUGCCGACACCAAGCAGAGCAACAUGCAGACGCAGAGAGAGAUCGACCUGGUGAAGGAGGAGCUGUCCCGUCUGGAAGAGGAGCACAAGGACGAGGUGGAGCAGCUCCACGAGAAGGUCAAGAAUUCUGAGGUGAUCGUGGAGGUCGACUCUCGCGACUCCAACCUGGCCGACGCUGUCACCAAGAUCCGCCGGCAGUAUGAGAAGCUCGCCGAGCAGCACCAGAGGGAGACGGAGGAGUGGUACCACUGCAAGUUUGAAAACAUCAAGAUGGAGGAGGCCCAGAACACUGAGGCGCUGGAGUCAGGAAAGACCCAGCUCCAGGACCUGAUCCGGCAGAAGCAGCAGCUGGAGAUCAAGCUGCAGGGUCGUCACAGCACGAUCCGCAAUCUGGAAGAGAACUUGAGGUCCACCAAGGUGGAUUACAAUCAGAGGAUGGCGCCUCUCAACCAGCGGAUCCUGGACCUGGAGGAACAGCUGAAGAGGGUGAGGGCCCACCUGGAGAGCCAGAUCCAGAAGAACAAAGACCUGCUGUGUGUCAAGAUGAAGCUGGAGGCCGAAAUCAACAACUACCAGGAGCUGAUGAUGCCUCAUGCUGACAGACCAGAAACAGCCUGACCUUCAGGAGCCUUUGGUGGAGAAGGAUGAGGCUUCGAAGGACCGUGGGGCGUUGGAUGUUCAGGAAGAGCAGGAGGUUGCUGAGGAUCAAAGUGUGUCUAUGA